AUGUAUCGUUUUGCUGCAAAUCUUGCCUCCAAAGCCAGGGUUGCAAGAAAUAGCAGCCAACAGAUUGGUAGUAGAUUGGGUUGGAGCAGGAACUAUGCAGCGAAAGACAUUAGAUUUGGAGUGGAGGCAAGGGCUUUGAUGCUUAAGGGUGUUGAAGAGCUCGCUGAGGCAGUUAAAGUCACCAUGGGCCCAAAGGGGCGUAAUGUAGUGAUUGAGCAAAGUUGGGGUGCCCCUAAAGUGACAAAGGAUGGUGUCACCGUGGCAAAGAGCAUUGAAUUCAAGGACAAAGUCAAAAACAUUGGUGCGAGCCUUGUAAAGCAGGUUGCAAAUGCCACCAACGAUGUUGCUGGUGACGGUACUACAUGUGCUACUGUCCUAACCCGUGCAAUAUUUACUGAGGGCUGCAAGUCAGUUGCUGCUGGCAUGAACUCAAUGGAUCUUAGACGAGGUAUUUCCAUGGCUGUUGAUGCUGUGGUUACAAACUUAAAGAGCAGAGCACGAAUGAUAAGUACAUCGGAGGAAAUUGCUCAGGUUGGGACAAUCUCUGCAAAUGGAGAAAGAGAAAUUGGAGAGCUGAUUGCAAAGGCUAUGGAAAGGGUUGGCAAAGAGGGUGUCAUCACCAUUCAAGAUGGGAAGACGUUGUUCAAUGAAUUGGAAGUAGUUGAGGGAAUGAAGUUGGACAGAGGCUAUAUUUCCCCGUACUUCAUCACAAAUCAGAAGAACCAGAAAUGUGAGUUGGAUGACCCUUUCAUUCUUAUACAUGAGAAGAAAAUUUCAAACUUAAAUGCUAUCGUGAAAGUACUAGAGUUAGCUUUGAAGAGGCAAAGACCUCUAGUGAUAGUUGCCGAAGAUGUGGAAAGCGAUGCACUUGCAACUCUUAUCCUUAACAAGCUUCGUGCUGGAAUUAAGGUUUGUGCUAUAAAAGCACCUGGGUUUGGUGAAAAUAGGAAGGCUAAUUUGCAGGAUCUUGCUGCUUUAACAGGAGGCCAGGUCAUAACAGAAGAACUUGGAUUGAAUCUGGAAAAUGUGGAAUUGGAUAUGCUCGGCUCAUGUAAAAAGGUCACAAUAUCUAAGGAUGACACUGUUAUUCUUGAUGGAGCUGGUGAGAAGAAAGCCAUAGAGGAAAGAUGUGAACAGAUUAGGUCAACAAUUGAAUUGAGCACUUCUGACUAUGACAAGGAGAAGUUGCAAGAAAGACUUGCUAAACUAUCUGGUGGUGUAGCUGUUUUAAAGAUUGGAGGAGCUAGUGAAGCAGAAGUCAGUGAGAAGAAAGACAGAGUUACAGAUGCUCUAAAUGCCACAAAGGCAGCUGUUGAAGAGGGAAUUGUACCUGGUGGUGGUGUUGCUAUUUUGUAUGCAUCGAAAGAACUCGAUAAAUUGCCUACAGCCAACUUUGACCAGAAGAUUGGUGUACAAAUUAUCCAAAAUGCAUUGAGGACACCAGUACAUACAAUUGCAGCAAAUGCAGGAGUGGAGGGUGCUGUUGUCGUUGGCAAGUUGUUAGAACAGGAUAACCCGGAUCUUGGUUAUGAUGCAGCUAAAGGUGAAUAUGUUGAUAUGGUCAAGGCAGGAAUCAUUGAUCCAUUGAAAGUCAUUAGAACCGCGCUAACUGAUGCUGCCAGUGUGUCAUCUUUGAUGACCACGACGGAAGCGAUUGUGGUUGAACAACCAAAGGACGAGAAGUCGGCCCCUGAAAUGGGGGUGUGUGCCACUCUCGAGUCACUUGCUGCUCCAGAAACAAGAAAGAAAAGGAUGGGGGAGCAUGGUGGAAUGGAUGAACCUAAUAUAGUAGAAAUUAAAUUAAGCGACACUGAAGCUGCUCAAUGGGAAGAAUUAUCCGAGUUGUCAGUGCGGAAAAGCGUUCAGUGCUCAAUAGAAAAGAAGAAGUCUUUACGAGCCCGUUAUUAUUAUGGCAUGGUUUUCUUGAUAACAGAUCUUAUAGCUUGGCUCUUUCGCGACUACGGAGAAAAGGCUUCACCGCUUUUACAUUAUACAAAAGCUUGUGGAACAGAGGAAGGAGAUUGUUUUCAUACAAUGGGAGUUCUUCGUGUGAGUUUAGGAUGCUUUAUAUUUUUCUUUGUAAUGUUUCUUACAACAUUUAACACGAGAAAAUUAUAUGAAACUUGCAAUGCUUGGCAUUCUGGAUGGUGGGGACUGAAAUUCCUUAUAUUGAUGAUAUCAUUGGCGAUUCCAUUCUUCAUUCCCUCAUACUACAUUCAAAUAUACGGUGAACUUGCUCGUGUCGGUGCAGGGGUUUUUUUGAUUCUGCAGCUCAUAAGUGUCAUUGAGUUUAUCACCUGGUGGAAUAACUAUUGGAUGCCUGAUGACAGAAAUAAAUCAAGCUGUUCCCUUGGAUUAUUCAUGUCAACACUAUUUUAUAUAGUCUCUGUAUGUGGCCUGGUGGUGAUGUACAUGCUUUAUGCCUCAAAACCAUCGUGCACUCUGAACAUAUUCUUCAUCACGUGGACUGUGAUUUUGCUAGUCGUGAUGUUAGUUAUAUCCUUGCAUUCCAAGGUGAAUAGAGGCCUUCUCUCUUCAGGGAUCAUGGCAUCUUACAUUGUAUUCCUUUGUUGGACUGCUAUCAGAAGUGAGCCUGCCAGUGAAAAUUGCAGCCCUCAGAAACAAGAGAAUGCACAUGGUGGUUGGACCACUGUAAUUGGCUUCCUCAUUGCCAUAUGUGCAAUUGUCAUCGCUACAUUUUCCACAGGGAUUGAUUCACAAACAUUUCAGUUUCGGAAAGAUGAAGUUCAGUUAGAGGAUGACAUACCAUAUAAAUACGGAUUCUUUCACGUCGUAUUUUCUUUGGGGGCCAUGUAUUUCGCGAUGCUAUUCAUCAGUUGGAAUUUAGAAAGCUCGACAAGAAAAUGGAGCAUCGACGUUGGCUGGGCUAGUACGUGGGUGAAGAUCGUUAAUGAGUGGUUCGCAGCCACCAUAUAUUUGUGGAAACUGAUUUCCCCUGUUGUGAGACAGAACAAGAUCAUGAAUCAUGAAGUGUCCAUGGAGGAAAACAACCCUGCAGCUACACUGUCGCCACCUCCAACCCCUCCCUCUAUAGCAUACUUCAUAUUCGGAUCCUCCAAUGACUCGGAUCGGAUCGGAUCCUCAGACUCCCCUACUCCAUCUACCACCACAGAAACCAGUACUUGCUCAACCUGCAGCAGGCAGUUCCUCAAGCUGACCGUGAUACUCUGGCCCUCAGGGUUCAAUCAGAGCCCGUCUUCAAGGCUGCCCAUAAUGUACAUAAUCCCAGCUAGAGGACUUGUUUUGAGUGAUUUGGAUGCAAUUUUCAAGAGUGCAAUUAAGAAAAUAAUUGCUAGCGGUUACAGUGAAGAAAUUGCUACAAAGGCUGUUUUGAGAUCUAGCCUUUGCUAUGGGUGCGAGGACACUGCAUCAAAUAUUGUGGAUAAUACUUUAGCAUUUCUUAGAAGUGGCCUAGAUGUUGAUUACUCAAGGGAGCAUUGUUUUGAGGAUUUGCAGCAGAUGGAGAAGUAUAUUUUGGCCGAGUUGGUUUGUCUUCUAAAAGAGGUUAGACUUUUUCAGCACAGGGGACGCAAUGUGGUGCUUGUUGAUAUGUGA